UUUGCGAGCAAUAUUACAAAUAUUUUCUCCAUCUCUGCGACAUAAGCCGGAACUCCGAACCCUAAUAAUACACAAGACUCAUUCUUUCUUCCUGCUCCAGAAGACCUGUAGUUGCAAUCCGCACUUGCAGAGUUUGGAGACUGCCAAAAUUCAAUAUUGCCAACGGUUCUGGACUGGAGUGAAACAGUUUUAAUAUUGACAUUGGGUUAUCAUAUAAGCUUAGCUUCAUAAUAAACCAUGGCUAUCCAGGAAAUUUGUCGACUUAUCUCAUAUUCCCAAGAGAUUGUAGAUGGACAGCCUAUAUAUAUUUCGUCAAAUUGCCAUCCCAUUAAGGCUUUAAAGCUUGAACCUGCUGGGCAUGCUUUCCAUUAUGCUGCUCGUAAGCUUAUUGGUUGUAAAGAGGAAGAUGUGGAAAGCGAUGAGCAAGAGAUGUCCAAUGGCAAGGAACAGUCGUCUGUGCCAUCAUUUGAUUCAUUCAGCAGCAAAGGUAAAAAGAAAUCCGGUUCCGAGGGGAAGCAACAAGAUCACUAUGCAUUGUUGGGUUUGAGCCAUUUGAGAUACCUUGCCAGUGAGGAUCAGAUCAGAAAGAACUAUCGUGAGUUUGCACUGAAGUAUCAUCCUGACAAGCAGGGUGCCCUUCUUCUUGCUCAGGAAACUGAGGAUGCCAAACAAGCAAAAAAGGAGGAAAUAGAGAACCACUUUAAGUCCAUCCAGGAAGCUUAUGAAGUUUUGAUAGAUCCUGUGAAGAGAAGAGUAUAUGAUUCUACAGAUGAAUUUGAUGAUGAAAUUCCCGUUGACUGUGCACCACAAGACUUCUUCAAAGUGUUUGGUCCAGCUUUUAUGAGGAAUGGUCGGUGGUCAGUUAAUCAACCAAUACUGGUUUUAGGAGAUGAGAACACUUCAUUAAGUGAAGUAGAUAGUUUUUAUGAAUUUUGGUAUAGCUUUAAAAGUUGGAGAGAGUUCCCUCAUGCAGACGAGUUUGAGCUUGAAGAAGCCGAGUCUCGUGACCACAAAAGGUGGAUGGAGAGGCAGAAUGCAAAACUUAGAGAAAAGGCCAGGAAGGAAGAGUAUAUACGGGUCCGCACUCUUGUGGAUAAUGCCUAUAAAAGGGACCCAAGAAUACUGAGGAGAAAGGAAGAAGAGAAAGCUGAAAAGAAGAGAAAAAAGGAGGCUAGGUUUUUGGCAAAGAAGUUACAGGAAGAAGAGUCGGCGAGGGCUGCUGAGGAGGAGAAACGCCGGAAAGAGGAGGAGGAAAGACAAGCAGUGGAAGCUGCUCAGCAGCAAAAGAAGGUGAAGGAAAAAGAGAAGAAGCUGCUGCGGAAAGAGAGAACUCGUCUUCGAACACUUUCAUCCCCUGUUUUGUCCCAGCAUUUACUUGGUCUUUCUGAUGAUGAUGUGGAAAAUCUUUGUAUGUCACUUGAUAUGGCGCAUCUGAGGGGUAUAUGUGACAAGAUGGAGGGAAAAGAAGGAAUGGAGCUAGCUAAAGUUCUCGGAGGUGCUUGUGAAUAUAAUCAAGAUUCUGGGGGUAGGAAACAAGAUGAAAAGAAUACACAUCAGAACGGUUCUGUGGAGGUUAAUGGAAAAGGCCCACUAAGCAGCUCUGAGAGGAAGGAUAAACCUUGGGGGAAAGAAGAGAUUGAGCUUUUAAGAAAGGGGGUGCAAAAAUAUCCAAAAGGAACAUCUCGGAGGUGGGAGGUCAUUUCGGAAUACAUUGGCACUGGAAGAUCUGUGGAAGAAAUUCUUAAGGCAACAAAAACAGUCCUCCUCCAGAAGCCUGAUGAUGCUAAAGCUUUUGAUUCUUUUCUUGAGAAGAGGAAACCUGCUCCGACCAUUGUUUCUCCACUUACAACUAGGGAUGAUGUGGAAGGCAAGUCAACUCCUCAGGGGCCUGAUAGCAGUACUGUCAAGACGGGUAGUCCAGAAAAGUCUGCCAGUGGAAAUGAAUCCAGCAAGAAGCCAGAUGGUGCAACUUCCGCAAAUGGAGUUUCUUCGAAUGUGGAUGAAGAUGUAUGGUCGGCUGUGCAAGAAAGAGCACUGGUUCAGGCUCUAAAGACCUUCCCAAAGGAAACCAAUCAGAGGUGGGAGCGAGCUGCGGCUGCUGUACCAGGUAAGAGUGUGAACCAGUGCAAGAAAAAAUUUGCUUCAUUGAAAGAGAACUUCAGGAACAAGAAAACUGCAUCUUAGGAUGACUCUUCACGUGACGAUAUAGGCUAUACAUACAUAUGCAUGAGUCCCAUUUGAUUUAAAUUCUUUCGCCUUCGCUCUUGGGAAAGAGUCAUUUCUCUGAUAUACCCUUUGCUUAGCCAUAAUAUAGACUUUAUUGGUAGUAUUUUUUGAACUGUAAGCCCCUUAGAAUGGAAAUACUCUCAGAGAUGUUAUUGAUUGACCAUUGAAGGGGCAUCAUUUUGAGAGAGAGCAUCCCAGUUUUGCUUUUACAGACGAUGCUUGAUUUUUAAGAUUUAUUGUGCUGUCCGAAACCUAGUAGUAGUAGUGGUAGUAUGACAUUAACGCCUAAAAAGGGUCAAAUUUAUUCAUCUGUCGAGGCGCCCUUUAAUCUUUGGAAAUCAUUCUUGAUGAUAAAUAUAUUAUUGUGCGAAACUUCACUAUUUUUC